GUAACGACGUAGCACAGCGCCGUGACGUCACAUAACAACACGGAAGUAGCGGCCAAACAAACAGCAUGAGUAAACUGACAUAGGAUUUCUUGUCCAUUUCGCUUGGAUUUCACGUCGUAAAUGUCCACGUUUGACUAUUUCGAGUAAAACAAGUAAGUUCAUCUGUAAACGGACGCCUUUUUAAUUCUCAAUUUAUUGAAGCUAGAUUAGUUAUUGUGUGCCAUUAUGUCUCUUUGUGUUGUUUAGGAGCUCCAUGGAGACGUACUUACUUGAGAAAGUCAUUGGUGAAGGGUCUUUCGGUCGGGCACUGUUAGUCCGAUGUAAAAGAAGCCAGGAGAAGUAUGUGCUCAAGGAGAUUCAGCUCCCAAAGAGUCAGUCCAAACAGGAGAGUUCAAGAAGAGAAGCAGUGCUGCUGUCCAAAAUGAGACAUCCUAAUAUUGUGGCCUUCAGGGAGGCUUUCGAAGCUGAUGACCUCCUGUGUAUUGUUAUGGAGUACUGCAGCGGUGGAGACCUACUCCAUAGGAUCCAGCAACAGAAAACUGCACAGUUCUGUGUUGAUGAUAUCUUGAAGUGGUUUGCUCAGAUGUGUGCUGGCACAAAGCAUAUUCAUGAUAAACGAGUUUUGCACAGGGAUCUAAAGGCGAAGAACAUUUUCCUCACAGAUAAUGGGACAAUCAAGCUCGGAGACUUUGGCUCGGCGUGUAUUCUGAACAGCUCGAAGGCUUUCGCUCAGACGUAUGUUGGCACACCGUAUUAUGUUGCUCCAGAAAUCUGGGACAAUAAGCCAUACAACAAUAAGAGUGAUGUGUGGUCUCUGGGCUGCGUUCUGUACGAGCUCUGCACCCUUCGACACCCGUUCCAGGCGUCCAGCUGGAAGAGCCUGAUUCUGAAGGUGUGUCGGGGCGCGUACCCUCCACUCCCUAACCACCUGCCGUAUGAGCUGCAGUAUUUGGUCAAGCAGAUGUUCAAGACCAACCCGAAAGACAGGCCGUCCCUGCAGACGAUCAUGACCUCUCAUCGAGUUUCCAGACUGCUGCGCACACAUCUGCCCUCUCAGGCUAUAGAGUCAGAGGAACGGGGGAGGCGCACAGGUCGGUGGAACAGGGAAGAAGGCGAGAAAGUGGCACUUCUCCUGGGAGAGAAGAGCUUAAUAAAAACAUCAACCUUUGAAGGUAUGACAUUACCCCAAACCCCAGGAGACAGUGAAGAGUCCAGGCCUAGAAAGCAGUGGGCGCCGGAGGCAUCGAAGUCUGUGUUGCAGAUGUUAGCCAACGUCAGCCUCAUGUCAUCAGACAGUAUGGCAUCACGCAGCCAGGACGCCACAGGUUCCACGAGUCUGUCAGAGGAGGGCGGCCAGAGGAGACGAUGGGAGAAGGAUCCUCCUGAGAGGCUUCUGAGUGUGUUGGAGAAGGCCCAGAUCAGCAGAGCCUUCAGCACCUUUGUAAUACACAGAGCAGGUGACAACCCUUUGGUGGGACCUCUGUCCUCGCAGCCGAGUGACGACACUGAUGGUCCUGAGCAGCAGGUGGACGUAGACAAGGAACGACUGCAGCCUCGAUCCGAUGACGAGGACACGGACUUCGAGGAAGAAUAUCCGUGUGACUGGAUGGAUGAAGUGGAGAAGAUGUUUUCAGAACGCUAAAGCCUCGGUCCUGUGGAGCCUGAACAAACCUAAAACUGUCAUAAUUAAUGUUUACAUUUUCUAGGAAACACCAACAUCCUUCUUAUUAACACUAAAAUCCUUGUACUUGAUGUGGGUAAAAAAAAAAAAAAAAAACAGGUCCAGUUUUUACAACAGGUUCAGUCCAAGUUGAAACUUCUGACGCUGAGGAGUUGUACGUAUCGUAUAUUUGCACUAAUUUUUAUAAACACUGAUGUAUCAAAACACGAACACUCAACCUAAAUAUUGUGCAAUGUGAUGAAAGCUUUUUUCUUUGAUUAAAAAUGUUUGAGUUGA